AUGAAGACUUAUCUGCUGCUACUCGGCCUGGGGUUGAUUCUCGUAGGAUCUUCAGGAAGCAAGAUGGAGACAAUUAAAAAAUUUUCAGAGGAAGAGAUGCAAUAUGACAUGGUAAAAAGUGACCAUGAAAAACAAACCAUUGAGGUGUUAAUGAACUUGAUUCUGCUAUGUAAAAAUACCAGCCUUAGUAUGUCCAAGGAUAUUAUUCUGUCUUCCUCAUUGUUGACAUUCAGAUUACAUUAUGGCUUCCCUAAGGGAAACAGUACAGGUAAUGCCAAAGAGUAUUGUAAUGAUAUGGUAGUCUGGAGAAAAGUUUCAGAAGCUAAUGGGUCAUGCAAGUUGAGCAAUAACUUUAUUCUUGGCUCCAUGAAAGUAAUCUGUGGGGUCUCCAAGGCCCUCAGCUGUAAAUGUGGACAGAAUCUUGGCAUAGACUGCUCUGAGAGCUCAGAACUGGAGACCACUAUGCCCCAGCUCACUCCGGGCAAACUGUUCCCCAGGUGCCAGUAUCAUAGUGUUAGCUCACUAAAGAAAAUAUUGACAGUGCUAACAACUCAUUCUCUGAUGAGCUGGUUAGUUAGUGGCUCUAAGUUAUAA